AUGUCUGGACGUGGGAAACAGGGAGGCAAGGCCCGCGCCAAGGCCAAGUCGCGCUCGUCCCGCGCCGGGCUGCAGUUCCCGGUGGGGCGGGUGCACCGGCUGCUGCGCAAGGGCAACUACGCCGAGCGUGUGGGCGCCGGCGCGCCCGUGUACCUGGCCGCCGUGCUCGAGUACCUGACGGCCGAGAUCCUGGAGCUGGCGGGCAACGCGGCCCGCGACAACAAGAAGACGCGCAUCAUUCCGCGACACUUGCAACUAGCCGUGAGAAACGACGAAGAACUCAACAAGUUACUUGGGGGUGUCACCAUUGCCCAGGGCGGCGUCUUGCCCAAUAUCCAGGCUGUGUUAUUGCCCAAGAAAACGGAGAGUCACAAGCCUGGCAAGAGCAAAUAAUUGUGUGACUUGACAUCUGUACUCACUCACCCCAAAGGCUCUUUUAAGAGCCACCAAAAAGUCUCAAAUGAAAGGCUGAUAACGAUACAGCGCAAAAGCUCUUUUUUGAGAACUUGGGUGGCUCUAAAAAGAGCCUUUGAUCUUUGGUUUA